CUGGUUGAUCCUUGAUGAGCUUGAAACAGAGCAUAAGUUUCAUUUCUGAUUCUCUCCCUUCAAUUUCCUAUUCUAGGGGCAGAGCCAGAGUGGAACCAGAAAACAAACAAUUCAAAUUCAUCUUCGUGUUAACUGUGAGAGAGUGGAAUCAUGAUAGGCAAGUGUAAAUUCCACAGCUAUGAAAUCUUUCACAAUGUUAUUGUCCUUUGGUCAGAGACAGAGGACGUCUCCUUACGAAUGCAAUUUGUCUUCACUUAGAUAAGAUAAACUUGAUUAAUUUUCCAAGAUAAAGACUACAUAAACCAACAAACACACAAAAUCUCCUCCAUGUGGGGACUGUUACAGUGAGAAGAAAUAUAUUAAAAUAUACGAAACCUUUUAAGAAUUGUCUGUACUCUUUGGACAGAGGAUAACUCUAGAGAUUCUCCGCUAAAUAUACAUUUCUACCCCUUAUACGUAAUUAAGGGGCAAAAAAAACCUUAAGAAUGAGUAAUCUGGUAGGCAAAGAUAUCCCAGAGAUGAGCGACUGUUUGGUGGUGUUCAUUACGAUUCUUUCAUUAUUGUUGGAUGUGCAAUCCCAGGGAAUACCAGAGAGCAUGCAAGAUAUGCCUGAAACCAUCCAUCCCAGCAAAGGAAUUAUAAUAGCAAUCCUCACCGUUAUGUUUGCCAUAUCAUUUCUACUUCUGGCAUAUGUAAAGUUCUGUAAAAGCCGCUCCGUUCAGUCUCGGAACUUCGAUAUGAACAAUCCAGGAGCAAGUCGAUCAGGGUCAAGAUAUUCCGGGAUAGACAAACAAGUAAUCGAAGCACUGCCGUUUUUCAAGUUCUCUUCGCUCAAGGGGUCAAAAGAAGGCCUGGAAUGUGCCGUUUGCCUGUCAAAAUUCGACGACGCUGAGGUUCUUAGGUUGCUGCCCAAGUGUAAGCAUGCUUUCCACAUGAAUUGCAUCGACAAGUGGCUCGAAUGUCACUCGACCUGCCCUCUUUGCAGGUACAAGGUUGUCCUUGGGGACAUAAAGACAUUCAAUUCCUCCAUCAGCUCCAGGUUCCUUCGAGUUCCUUCCAACAUAAACGAAGUCCCCGAUCUCGAAAUCUUCGUGCAGAGGGAACAAUCAAACCAGGGCUCUCACAUAUUUAACCACUGGAAACCUGCGCACAGGCUCAAUCACAGAAUAGUCAUAUCCGAUGUUACUACGAGGAGCAGGUGGAGUGAUCUUAAUUCCUCGGACUUGCUGUCGUUGAAUUCUGAGAUCCUCAGUGCUAUGUCAAGCGCGACAUUCCCUGCUUCCAACGAGGAAGAUAACUCGUUUACGCUGCUGACUGCUCCAGGGGAGAAGAGAUCCAUGUCGGAGAUUGCCAACGUGGCGAGAUUUGCAGAAACCAGGGUGGAGGACAAUGAGAGGGAAGAGAGAGUGAGGAGGAUUUGGUUGCCGAUUGUGGAGCGAACAGUGCAAUGGUUUGCGAGCCGAGAGAGCAGCUCGACAGAGCCGAAGCACAAAGGAUUGGCUUCAAAUGUUUGAUCAUGGCGUUGACUAAGUACUGUACUUACUACUUAGGUGUCCUGUCUUGAACUCACUGGUUUUGUUUUGUCGGUGUGAUCAUCGGACGGUAAUUAUUAGCAAAAUGCCGAGAAAACAGUUUAUUUUUAUGCGCUCCCGAAA